CCGGGGCCGCAAGAAGCGGGUUGUUGGACUGAACGAUAGACUCGGAGUCUGGGGUGACGGGAGGGGGACGGUGGAGUUUGGCGCAAAGCCUGCCGGGGCAUGGAGUCCCGAGGAGCUUUGUGCGCAUGUGCGGGGAGGUGAGGGGGCUUGGGGGGCCUCGCCUGAGAGAGUAAGGCUGUGGGAGGAGCUGCAGGACUGAGGUACCAAGGCUCGGAGCCCAGCGAGGGGCCAAGCUGGGGCUUGACCCUGUGGGAUUCCAGGAAGCAGACACCGUUUCCUCACCACCCGAGUGCGUGCCACCCCUUACGCAGACUUCUUUGCCCCCUGGGACACGCGGGGCAGGCGCUGCCGUCCGGAGGCCCCAUGGAGGUGGUGGUGCCCGUGAAGCAGGAGGCCGAGGGCCUGGCUCUGGACUCUCCAUGGCACCGCUUCCGCCGCUUCCACCUGGGUGACGCGCCAGGCCCUCGGGAGGCGCUGGGGCUGCUCCGCGCCCUGUGCCGGGACUGGCUGCAGCCCGAGGUGCACACCAAGGAGCAGAUGCUGGAGCUGCUGGUGCUGGAACAGUUCCUGAGCGCGCUGCCUGCGGACACGCAGGCCUGGGUGUGCAGCCGCCAGCCGCAGAGCGGGGAGGAGGCGGUGGCCCUGCUGGAGGAGCUCUGGGGGCCAGCAACCUCCCCCGAUGGGUCAUCAGCAACGGGGGUGCCUCAGGACGCGACGCAGGGCCCCGGCACGGCCGGUGGCAAAGAGGACAGUGGGAUGGUUCCCUUAGCAGACACAGCCCCUGGGGCUCAGGGGCCGGUGGCUGGGGACUCCCAGGCUGUGCGCCCCUACAAGCAGGAGCCCAGCAGCCCCCCCUUGGCACCUGGCCUGCCCGCCUUCCUGGCUGCCCCGGGCACCACGUCCUGCCCAGAGUGCGGCAAGACAUCCCUGAAGCCAGCGCACCUGCUGCGCCACCGGCAGAGCCACUCCGGCGAGAAGCCGCACGCCUGCCCCGAGUGCGGCAAGGCCUUCCGGCGCAAGGAGCACCUGCGGCGCCACCGCGACACGCACCCUGGCAGCCCCGGGCCCGCGCUGCGUCCGCUGCCAGCCCGCGAGAAGCCCCACGCGUGCUGCGAGUGCGGCAAGACCUUCUACUGGCGCGAGCACCUGGUGCGCCACCGCAAGACGCACUCGGGAGCGCGGCCCUUCGCCUGCUGGGAGUGCGGCAAGGGCUUCGGACGCCGCGAGCACGUGCUGCGCCACCAGCGCAUCCACGGCCGGGCAGCAGCGGCGGCCAGCGCACAGGGGGCGGCGGCCCCGGGCCCCGACGGCGGGGGCCCCUUCCCGCCCUGGCCCCUGGGGUAGCCAGCCGUGCGGGUCGGUCGGUAGGAGCUGCCUCACCACCCCUUGAUGCUGCCCCUAGGCCCUCCCUCCUCCUCCCGUCGCCAUAGCUUGGCCUCAUCCCCUCCUCCUCCUUCCCGCCUGCCAGCUGCCUCCCUUAUCUGAACUUCCCAGCGCCUUCCUCUCUCUUCAGCUUCUUUCCCCACAUUUCACUUUCCUGCCCAGGUCUCACCAGCGCCUCCCUUUCUGAUUCCUGGGCCUCUCUCGCUGUGAGAAGGGGCCUCUUUCUGAUGUCUUCUUCUCCUCCUCUCUCUCUCCUGCUCCCAGCCUCCCUCUCCCUCCUCCAUUCCUCUCUCCCGGCCUUUCUCUACCUCAAAAGCAGAGGUGAGGGCCUGGGAUCCCUGAGGGGCAGGUGAGGAGCAGCUCAGGGGAGCAGUGGCAGGCCAGGCCCCCUUUAUGAAGCGAAGGCUGAGGGAAAGGGAUCUGGGUCUUCCCUAGGAAUCCUUCCCCAGGACAGGUUCGGGGCCGGGAGGCAGCAGGUGAUGGCUCUGACAGGCUGGACCCGGGGCCUGGCUGUGGGCUCCUUGGUCUUGCUGCCCCCUGUGACCCAGAGGCAUGGGAUGGACAGAGAUGCCUGCCCCAGUGAAGCUGGGUGGGGACAGCAGGUCACCAGCAUCCAGAAGGUCAUAAACUCAGUGUGUAGACCCGGAGUCUGAGCUCUGCCCAGUGCAAGUCACCAGCGUCCAGAGAGUAAUAAAGUCACUGUGUGUAGA